UGUAAAGCUUCCAAUGACACUGCCCCUGCUGUAUAAAUACCAACACUACCCUCAGUACAGCAGUUCAGGAACCUGGAAAUGAUUUUAAAGGAUCUCUUUCUCCUGCUUUUUGUGCUGUCAUUAGCACAGGCAACAUCACCUCAACAUAUUAACCAUCCCAAGUUUCUGCACCUCGACUGGCCAGCAGAUUGUGGGGUUGCAUUUUUCCAACAAAACACUGCUGGAAGAAUUGUGUCUGGGAAUGAAGUACGCCCGUUCUCCUGGCCAUGGCAGGUUUCCUUGCAGGUUCGGGCUAGGGGAAGUAAGAAAUUUGUUCAUGUCUGCGGUGGGACGCUCAUUCACAAAAAUUGGGUCCUCACUGCGGCCCACUGCUUUCAGAAGGGGAAGGCAGAAGAUGCCACUAACUGGAGGAUCGUCCUUGGGAAGCAUAACCUCAACUGUACAGAACCUACGGAAAAAAUUUACGAUGUGAAGCGCAUAUACAGACAUGAACGUUUCCGCUACCCCCAUCUGAAUGAGCUGGACUAUGACAUUGCAUUAGUCAAGCCAGUAGGAGACAUACUGACCACCCACUUUAUACAGUAUGCCUGCCUUCCUAAGAAAGAACUGACUUUGCGCCCAGGUCAUUUUUGCUGGGUAACUGGAUGGGGAGAUACCAGAGGUGGAAAAGAGAACCUAACACUGUCAGAAGUACUGAACCAAGCUAAGCUGCCAAUCAUUGACACCAAAACAUGCAAACAGAAAAAAUUCUGGGGUGAUAGGAUUCGGGAGUCAAUGAUCUGUGCCGGCUUCCGUGACAUUGGAGGACCCCCUGCUGCCUGCCAGGGUGACUCUGGAGGGCCUCUUGUUUGUCAGAAUGGAAGAGAACGAUGGGAAGUUCAUGGUAUUGUCAGCUUUGGACCCAUUGGUUGCACAGUGGAGAACAAACCAAGUGUCUUCACUAAGACUUCGACAUAUAUUCCUUGGAUUGAGGCCACAAGGAUCCGUGAUUUCUUCCUACAUUAAUGGAGCAAUUGGAAGAUCUAAGUCGGGCACCAGAUCAAAUCUUGGAUUGUAAAAAGGGAUUUAUCCUUAUUGUUCAUAGCAGGGACUAAUCAUAUAAAA